GUUGGUGUUGGUGGUUACUGUCACAGCGGCAGGAGCAGAGCUGGUGGAGAUAAAACAAGGAUGGGUGAAAGGAGUUAGAGCCGAGGAUGGGAAUUACACCAUGUAUAUGGGUAUCCCAUACGCGCUCGUUGAUAGGGAAAAUCCAUUUGGGCCAGCCCAUCCAAAUCCGCAAUUCAGUGGAAUCUUCGAAGCUAUUGAUGACACAGCAGUAUGCCCUCAAAGAAAUGAGUUUAACAAUGAACUUGCAGGAACACUGGACUGUCUCCACGUCAAUGUCUACGUUCCUGAUACUAUAACAGACAAGAAACUUCCGGUACUUGUGUGGAUUUAUGGUGGAGCAUUUACAAUUGGCUUCGCAGGUCGAUAUGUAUAUGGUCCAAAAUUCUUAGUACGACAUGAUGUUAUCCUGGUGACUCUAAACUAUAGAGUUGGGCCAUAUGGAUUUAUGUGUACUGGAACUGAAAGAGUGCCAGGAAACCAGGGCAUUAAGGAUCAACUGUUGGCAUUGGAAUGGGUGAGAGAUAAUAUACAAGCAUUUGGAGGAGAUGUGGAGAAUAUUAAUGUAUUUGGACAAAGUGCUGGUGCAAUGUCAAUUGAAAUACAGUUACUAUCAACUCAAGAGAAGUUGUUUAAACGGGCGAUCUUACAUAGCGGUUCCGUGGCAAGACCCGGUAUUGUGAUACAGCCUAAUAAAGACACACCAAUAAAACUUGCUACCAGACUUGGUUAUAACGCAGAAAAUUUAGAUGAUGCUUUAGAUUUUCUUUCCAAUGAAGAUGUAUUAAAAGUAAUAAAUGCUAGUACAUCCAUAACAACAUUAUUUAGACCUUGUUAUGAGAAUAGUUUUCUGCAAUAUCCGCUCAACUAUCACAACGAUCAAAUAAGAUCAACGGAUAUACUCAUCGGUUAUACUGAUCAAGAAACACUUUUAUUUCAUCUGCAUUCUACAACCGAAGAUUUACAAGCUAGUGAUAUAUUUAACGAAACAAUAAAUAUAUUUAAUUUGAACACAGAAAGGUAUGCAAGAAUUAUGCGUAGAUUUUAUAUAGGAGAUGAGGAAAUUACGGAGAGCGUAAGAUGGGAGAUUAUAAAUUAUCAUUCGGAUUUCACUUUCGCAUAUCCUGUUCACAGAAGUGUAAAUAAGUUUCUUAACAAUGGACAAAUUGUGUACCACUUUAUAUUUUCAUAUAGUGGAGGUAGAAACUUUAUUAAAGUGAGACAAAACGUAACAGAAGGAGGAGCAGCUCACACUGACGAUCUGGGCUACCUAUUCGAUAUGGAGCUAUUUGACAGCAACCCCGAGGGAACCGACAAAAUUAUGGUAGACCGAAUGACCACAAUGUGGACCAACUUUAUCAAGUACGGUGACCCAACGCCGGAACCUUCCGACUUGUUGCCGGUGAGGUGGCUCCCUGCGACAAGAGAAACGCUGCACUGUUUGCAUAUAGACUCUGACAUUACGACCAGUAUACGACCUGACCACGACCGUUACGCGCUGUGGGAUCUUUUAUUUAAGCUGUUCGAGUGAAUUAAUCAUAAAAACAAUUACAAUUUUUAUUACAUUGGAUUUUAACAUACGUUCCUACGUUAUUUUCCACACACGUUCAAAACCUAACACAUUAAAGCAGAAAGAACGAGUUUCUAUUCUAUGCUCCAAGAUGUUAAGCACGCGUGCUUUAACUAAACAUUAGAUAAUAAGAUAUUAGUAAUUAGUAGUUUACGUUGCAAGUAAUCAAAUGAUUCUUAGUAGCCAAUACAUUUCAUGAUUCUGGGUUAGUAGAAAAGUAAUUUUGAGAAAAUAAAUGCUUUUUAUGCCUG